AUGAACGCCAGCGGCCCUGGCUAUCCAUUAGCCUCUCUCUACGUGGGGGACCUCCACCCAGACGUGACCGAAGCCAUGCUCUAUGAGAAGUUCUCACCUGCUGGGCCCAUCAUGUCCAUCCGAGUCUGUCGGGACGUUGCCACGCGCCGAUCGCUGGGCUAUGCCUACAUAAACUUCCAGCAGCCCGCAGAUGCUGAGCGAGCCCUGGACACAAUGAACUUUGAAGUGAUCAAAGGCCGUCCCAUCCGCAUCAUGUGGUCCCAGCGGGACCCCGGGCUCAGGAAGUCGGGGGUUGGAAAUGUCUUUAUCAAGAACUUGGAUGAUUCCAUUGAUAACAAAGCCCUGUACGACACAUUCUCCGCCUUUGGAAACAUCCUGUCGUGCAAGGUGGUUUGUGAUGAAAACGGAUCCCGUGGCUAUGGCUUUGUUCACUUUGAGACUCACGAGGCAGCGACUCGGGCCAUUGAGACCAUGAAUGGGAUGUUGCUCAAUGACCGGAAGGUAUUUGUUGGCCAUUUCAAAUCCCGCAAAGAGCGUGAGGCAGAGUUUGGGGCCAGGGCGAUGGAGUUUACCAAUGUCUACAUCAAAAACUUUGGGGAUGACAUGGAUGACAACAGACUACGGGAAAUAUUCUCCAAGUUUGGAAAGACGCUAAGUGUCAAAGUCAUGAUGGACAACACUGGCCGCUCAAAGGGUUUUGGAUUUGUCAACUUUGAGAAGCAUGAAGAAGCCCAAAAGGCGGUGGCUGACAUGAACGGGAAGGAGAUCAAUGGGCGGAUGGUGUACGUGGGCCGAGCCCAGAAGCGGAUGGAGCGCCAGAGCGAGCUGAAGAGGAAAUUUGAGCAGAUCAAGCAGGAGCGAGUGAGCAGGUACCAGGGGGUCAACCUGUACGUGAAGAACCUGGAUGAUGGGAUAGAUGACGAGAGGCUGAGGAAAGAGUUCUCUCCCUAUGGCACCAUCACCAGUGCCAAGGUGAUGACAGAGGGUGGCCACAGCAAAGGGUUUGGGUUUGUAUGUUUUUCCUCCCCAGAAGAGGCUACCAAGGCCGUGACAGAAAUGAACGGGCGGAUCGUCAGCACUAAGCCUCUCUACGUCGCUCUCGCUCAAAGGAAAGAGGAGCGGAAAGCAAUCCUCACCAACCAGUACAUGCAAAGAUUAGCCACCAUGAGGGCACUGCCUGGCCCUCUCCUGGGCUCCUUCCAUCCCCCCCCGGGGUACUUCCUACCCCCCAUCCCCCAGCCACAAACCAGAGCUACCUUCUACAGCCCCAGCCCAGUUGUCCCAGUCCGUCCUGCCACUCGCUGGAGUGCGCAGCCCUCCCGGCCUCCCCCAUAUCCUGCAGCUACCCCCAUCCUGAGGGCUGCCGCGCCGCCUCGGCGCCUGCUGUCCAACAUCAGCACCAUGAGACAGGCUUCCACCCAGGUGCCCCGUGUGCCCCCCCAGGCACAGAGAGUGGCCAACAUCGGGACGCAGACGGUCAGCGCUCGGGUGCCCUCCUCGCCCACCCUGCCGCGGGGUGCCCCGCAGUACAAGUACUCCUCUGCCGUCAGGAACGUCCAGCCGAUGGGGCACGUGCCGCCCGUGGGAGAACCUGCUGUGCAUGUCCAGGGGCAGGAGCCGCUGACGGCAUCCAUGCUUGCAGCAGCCCCUCCUCAGGAGCAGAAGCAAAUGAUAGGUGAGCGCCUCUACCCUCUGAUCCAUGUGAUGCAUCCCUCGCUGGCUGGCAAGAUCACUGGGAUGCUGCUGGAGAUAGACAACUCUGAGCUGCUGCUGCUCCUGGAGUCCCCUGACUCCCUGCACUCCAAGAUCGAGGAAGCAGUGGCUGUUCUCCAAGCGCACCAGGCUACCGAGACCUCGCACAAGAGCGGCGCGGCGUUCCUGCAGUGA